AUGGUCCGCAUAAAACACCGCUACCUCCUAAUCGACAUCCUGCACCCCGAACCCUCCCAAAUUCAUAAACGUGGACCAUCAUCAUCAUCAUCAUCGUCAAUUCCGGCACACCUCUACUUCCACCCGCCGACACCAGAUUCAUUGACCUCAAGCGUUCUGGCACGGUUACUACGGGAGACUAUAUCGGAGUUAUUUGGUGAUUAUGGAAUUGGGAAAUUGGGUGGUGCUUCAAGUGGGAAUUUAAUUGUGAAAUAUUUAUCACCCGCUACCUCAACGGCAAUUAUACGAUGUCCCCGCGCAGCAUAUAGACUGGUCUGGGCGGCACUUACAUAUCUCAACGCGAUCCCUGUACCUCCUACUACAUCAGCGAGAAAGUCGGAGACGACGAUGAGAAAUGCCGUUUUUCGGGUUGUCAGAGUCUCCGGGACGAUGCGAAAAGCGGAGGAGGAAGCGAUCAGAAGAGCGAGGAGGGAGAUUGGAAGGACAAAAAGAGAGAAUAUGAAUCAUGGGGGUGUGUUGGAUGGGUUGUUUGGGGAAAAGGAUGGUGCUGCUGUUGUAGGGGAUGAUGAGGCUGUUUUUGGGAUGGAUAUUGAUGAUGACGACGAGGAGAGUGAUGAUGAGUAUUGA